AAUGGAUAACGAAGAUCUUGUGAAAAACGCAAAAUAUUUAAUUUCCAGUGACAAUAAAACUCUCACUAUGCUAAACGCUACUGAAAGUUACAGUGGUCGAUAUUCAUGCAUUAAACAAAGGAAUACAAUACCAUACAUUCUGUGGCAAAACAUAAUUAUUAAUCAACGUCCCCGUAUCAUUGUUGGGGAAAAUCAACGUGUUUUUCCAUGUGAUGGCAGCAGUUUUGAACUGAAAUGUUCUGUUGAUGUUGGCUACAAUCUUGAGUGGGUUCUGGAUGGAACAGUAAAGAUUACAGGAACUGACAGUAUCACAUUAAACAAUGCUACUCGGAGUGGAAAUUGUACAGAUCAAACCUUUACUUGUCGUCUCAAGGAUCUGCCACAACUACAGAAUUACAGUUAUAGCUAUAGCAGCGUCACAGUAAGGACAAGCCCAGAAGGUUUUGACUGUAAAAAUGAAGAACUUGGAGCUGGAAAAACAAAUGACGUGAAAACAGGAGUCUGUGGAACUGGCACAAAAGGCACAAAAACUUUCAGAUGUGAAUCAAAUGCUUGGACACCAUUUGAGGACAACUGUGUACUUGAAGUUAUCGACAACCUUAAAAACAAACUUGAGUCCUUGCGUGUGGAGGAGAUUCCAGGGUUUAUGGCUAACCUCAGCAUUGCCACAUCAGAGAAUAAUUUUAAUAUAACACAGUCUGCUGCUACUGUCAGAGCAAUUGUUGACAUACUCUUUAAAAUUGCUAAUUUGUCACAAACUGUUGUCAUCAAAAAACCAGUGAUGGAGAGUUUCCUAAACACAGUGGACAUUAUUGUAUCAGGCAAUGUCAGUAAUACAUGGAACAAACUGAACAAAGGCAACAACACAGGAGACACCAGCAUUAAACUUCUGAGUGCUAUUGAGAAUAUAAGUGACCGUCUCAGAGAUGAGUUUAAUAUCUAUGAAACAUCCAUUCAGCUGAAUAGAACUACAUUUAACAACUCAUUCACUUUAACCUCAGCACUGCCAAACUCAACAACAGAGAUUGUAUUACCACUGGUUCCUCAUGAGACUACCAUUACCAUCAUAAUCUUCACAACUCUUGACAAAGUCCUACCUUCUCAAGGUACUAAUGACAGCAGGAAAUCAGAUGUGCGCAUCAAUGGAGAUGUGGUUGUUGUUAAGGUUAAUGAGACUCUCAACAAUAUUUCUUUGACAUUUGACAUUACUAAUCAGUCUUUGGGAAAUCCUCAGUGUGUCUUUUGGAACUUCAAACUCAACACAUGGGAUUCCACUGGAUGUAAAGUAAAGCGGAACAGCACUGGUAACAUUACAUGUGAAUGUAACCACACAACCUCCUUUUCAAUCCUAAUGUCACCGUUUUCCAUUGAUAACAUAGCCUUAGCCUAUAUAACUUACAUUGGCGUAGCUAUUUCGAUGGCCAGCUUGAUUAUUUGUCUGAUUAUUGAGGCUAUUGUAUGGAAGUCAGUAAGAAGAAAUGACACGUCCUACAUGCGGCACGUCUCCAUAGUCAACAUUGCCGUGUCCCUUCUGAUUGCAAACAUCUGUUUUAUCAUUGGAGCUGCGAUCGCAGAACGAGAACAGCCAACCUCAGUGGGUCGCUGCAGUCCAGUGGUUUUCUUCAUGCAUUUUUUUUACUUGGCUCUUUUCUUUUGGAUGUUAAUGUCAGCACUGUUGCUCUUUUAUCGUACAGUUAUGGUCUUGUCUCAAAUGUCAAGGGCCAAAAUGAUGGUCAUUGCCUUCAUGGCCGGUUAUGGUGCACCUUUGCUCAUAGCGGUUAUUACUGUAGCAUCAACAGCUGGACCUCAAAAUUAUAUUUCCAAACAAAAUGCAUGCUGGCUGAACUGGAACGAAUCAAAGGCCCUGCUGGCAUUUGUGAUUCCAGCUCUCACUAUUGUAGCCAUAAACCUUGUGGUUUUGAUUGUGGUUCUGUACAAGAUGUUGAGGAGAGGAGUUGGUGGCACAACUCAACCAGAUGAGAAACAUGCCCUGGUGGUCAUUGCCAGAUGUGUGGCCAUUUUGACUCCUAUCUUUGGUCUAACAUGGGGAUUUGGAAUUGGAACCAUGGUGUCACAAGAUUUAGGCAUUCAUGUGGUGUUUGCACUCCUCAAUUCACUGCAGGGAUUCUUUAUUUUGGUGUUUGGAACGCUUCUAGACAGUAAGGUUCGUGAGUCACUACCAGGAAAACAGUUGCUACAGAAACUCAGUUCCAGUCGUACCAAGAGCACCAGUGCUGGAUCAUCAUCUGCAUCUAGACUGCCUUUCUUGCAAAGGAACGGACGGAGACAUGUGCUCAACGUAUCUGAAACCAACCCUUCCUCUGCAGUUACAUCUUCAGACAGCUCCAAUGGCUCAUACGCUGUUAUGGACACUUAGAGCACCAAAAGUGUUUCUUUUACUACAACAAGCUACAUGUUAGUUCUUUUACUGUACAGCCUCCCACAAAAUGGUAAAAUAUUGUAAGAAUUAGAAUAAUUGUAUGUGCACGGCUUUUACACAGGUUGUUUAAAAAGAUUCUUUAUUUUUUGUAUUAAUAUGGUCUAG